AUGUCAAAGAAUCCUCCCCUCGACAAGUACAUUUUCAAGUUCCAGAUGCAGGCUCCCCCUAACAAAAUUAGAUCAAAAAAAUACAAAUCCAUCGACGACGAACUACUCCAGAACUCAAACGACAUCUUUUCGUCUCUUGCUGGUGUUGGUGUCAAUCCACAAAACUCGUUGCUCUACACCUCUCCUGCUGAUGCUACAUCCAGCUUGAUAGAAAACUUAACCAAUGACUCAAUUCACUCCAACAACAACUCUUCUCUCGUCAAACGUCGCAAAACAAUCCGAAAAAAAGAGCCAGAAACAGUGUGUGGUCGUUGCAAGAAACAAAUAUACGCCAAUGAAACAAGAUACAAAUGCGUUUUUUGUCAGUCAAAGAACAAAGAUGGCCUUUUCUUGCAAGUAAGUGGUUAUGCCAUACACAAAAGAACCUCAUUUUGUGGCCAUUUAUAUGAAAACCACAGAGAUAAAGUUGGUGUUAUAUUAAAGUUUUGCAACAAUUGCGAGCCUGAUUUUGAUGAGUAUAUAAAGCCCAAAUACAACUAUUUUUCUUCUAACACUAACAUGAACAUCAUUACCAAUAAGGAAAACCUUUCAGACCCCCACAGUCCAAGCCAAGGGACUCAAUUAACUGACUUGAAUCAUGAAAAUCAUGAAAAUCACGAAAAUCAUGAAAAUCAUGAAAAUGAAAUAAAUCAAGAAAAUGAAAUAAAUCAAGAAAAUGAAAUAAAUCAAGAAAAUGAAAUAAAUCAAGAAAAUGAAAUAAAUCAAGAAAAUGAAAUAAACCAAGUGGUCCAAGUGGAUCAAACAAAUCUCAACGAUCUGUUCGACGAAGAUGAAGAUGCACAAAUUAUAAUUGAUAACCAGAAAAUUAAACUAACUAUCCUAACAGAACAGAACAAUAAACUCAAAAUGGAAAUUGAUUCCCUAAGAAAAGAAUUUCAACAGUAUAAAAAUGCAAAUGAAAACAUCACUAAAUUUCAACUACAAACUCAAAAAAGAUUGGAUGAAAAAGAGAAGGAAACUGACACUCUAAAAAAAUUGCUUUACAUUUACUACAAAAACCAAUUCGAUCCGAAUUUACCCAACUGCAAUCUAUAG